AUGGACUUCUUCAAGUUUCUAAUUGUUCUGGUUAUCGUUGUCUUAUUUAUCCUGGUGUUACCAUGGCUCUCAGGUAUUGGUUCAUAUAGUAUACAAAAAGCUGCUGUAUCAAAUAAAAAGAGUCCAGAUUCCAGGAGAGAGAAGCUCAAAAAUAAAUUAGAUAAAAGUGUCGCUUUGAACUUCUCCCUGAAGGAUAAAAACGACGAAAGUGAUGGCAAGUCCAGUCAUGUCUCCAAGAGAGGUGAGUUCGACAUAGAUUCAAAAACAGGUUUAAAAAGAAGAGUACUUUCAAGAUAUGACCAAGAUCCUAACAAUUUUGACUUUGAUAUUGAUGAGCUUAUAGAUGAAGACAGAAAAGAGGAGGCCAAAGAAGAACAACAAAGAAUAAAAAAAUUUGGCGGGAAGUCUUCCGAAGCAUACGAAGGAUUUGUUUAA